AUGCAAGCCAACACACGCAUUCACACUACAGACUCAGAUGCGCUCCUCAUUAGCCUCUACGCCAUAUUUUUCGUAUAUUUUGCCGUCAACCGGGGCAAAUCGUACCGGGGGCGCCACAAAUACCUACCAUGGCACGUCCUCGCCGGCAUAACCGAGCUAGCCCUCUACUUCAGCAACCUCAAUUGCACACUCCUAGCAGUAGUAGCCUGCUAUGUCCAUUCCAUCACCUCCCUCAGUCUGGCUAAACGACUCCCAAACGGCUAUCCUCCACACACCCGUCCAGCCUACCAAGGAGGCAACCUCCUCCGCAUGUAUCAAAUCCUCCAGGCGUACGCCUCCCAAGACCCCGUCGACUACCACGACGCCAUCGUGCCCAUCCACAGCUUCCUCUACGCCCGCAUCAUCAUCUUCCUCUUCGGGACGAUGGGCCCCAGCCUAUCAUUCUCCAAGAACGUCAAUUCACGCUUCGUCUACGCCGAGGCUAUCUUCGGGAGUGCGUUGAUUAGUAUCGGACACUGUACGAAGCCGAGCGCGAUAGUUGCGUAUUUGUUGCUCGUGCAUGCUGUCGGGAAGAUUAGUACGUUUGCUGGGAGGAGGGCUUGGGAGGAGAGAACGAAGAAACCACCCCGGGAGCCCGGGUUGCUAAUUAGGGCUCUGAGGUUCGUGGGGUUUUUUGAGGACCGUUUGGACUGGGCGGACGAGGCGAUGGCUUCUGCUGAUAAGACUCCGCAGAUUGGGAAUCUGCCGAUGGAUAAAUUGGGACAUCAGUAUACGAGGCUUGGGUUUGAAUGA